GUCGCACCGCGCAGGCGGUUGCGGUCCGAGCCAAGGCGUUUGGCUUCAACGUGAUAUUUUACGACCCGUACCUGCAGGACGGGAUAGAGAGAUCCCUGGGAGUCCAGCGGGUCUACACGCUCCAGGACCUGCUCUAUCAGAGCGACUGUGUCUCGUUGCACUGUAACCUUAACGAACAUAACCACCACCUUAUCAACGACUUCACGAUUAAGCAGAUGAGGCAGGGAGCGUUCCUGGUGAACACGGCGCGCGGCGGGCUGGUGGACGAGAAGGCCUUAACUCAAGCCCUGAAGGAGGGACGGAUACGAGGGGCUGCGCUUGACGUGCACGAGUCUGAACCGUUUAGUUUUGCUCAAGGCCCGUUGAAAGAUGCUCCUAAUUUAAUCUGUACUCCGCACACCGCUUGGUACAGCGAGCAGGCGUCACUAGAGAUGAGAGAAGCUGCUGCUACUGAAAUACGGCGUGCGAUCACAGGGCGCAUCCCAGAAAGCCUAAGAAACUGCGUGAAUAAGGAAUUCUUUGUCACAACAGCGCCGUGGUCAGUAAUAGACCAGCAAGCGAUUCAUCCGGAGCUCAAUGGUGCCACGUACAGGUAA